AUGAUCCUGCGACAGCCAGAGCAGCGUAUCCUGUCGGGUUUCGCCCACGACAAGCACGGAGCGGGCCCCAACAACUCGCACCUGGAUGUCCUCUCGUACGCGAAGCUCGUUCAGGGCUGCCAGGUCCGGAUGCUCCUCGGCUCCACCUGCUACGACCGGCGCAGGUUGAACGAAAGCACGAUCACAGGUGAGCACAUAGGUAAGGCGAUCAAGGCACUGGACGAGGGAUUCGCGUUCGUCGGGAUUCUGGAGGAGAUCGAGUUGAGUGUGUGUCUUUUCCACGCCAUGUUCGGAGGCGCCUGCCGCGCCGCGGAGUUCGUGAACAUCCGGCCGAGCUACGACAGAUUCCGGAGAGGCCCGCAGCGGAUGCAGGCCACGGCGGACCACAACGUCUCCGUGCUGAGCGGCUGGACCGAUGAGAUCGACCGUCCCCUGUAUGAGCACGCCGUCGGCAUCGUGCAUAGCAACAUCCGGUACGGCGUCCACGGGGAGGCCUGCCGCUCCUCGAUCUGCCCCUGCUGCCCCGAGGCCUUCCCGGCGGACGGGAGCGAGUUCGCCCCGCCGAUGGGGCCGUGA